AUUUUUUGGCACGUCACAGCCGCGUCAUCAUGUCUCCGUGUCUGCUUUUAUCACUUUGGAAUUAAUUUGUUCAACAUUAUCAUACCUUAUCGACAACUUUAUAUGUGAACUAUAAAUUUUGGGUGAUUUUUGAUUUAGAGACUUAAGAUGGAAAUUUUAAGUCAAGUGUCUAACACGCAGUUUAUGUUCACUGCUGCGGCUGUGGCUGUUGUAUUAGUAUGCGCAGCCCUCGUAUUCGUAUUCGGGUUCCGCUCAGCAGAACAGCCGCAGUUCGAUAAGCUGCCUCUAGUCUUAGACGACAGAAAAUCGUCCAAUAAGAAGAACAAAAAGAAGGACAAGAAGUCUUCACCCAACCGUACUGUCACUGAUGAUGUGAAGACAAAGUCCGAAGUCUCCAAAAAGUCUCCCACUAAGGAGAAAAAGGAGGAAAAGGUUAAAGAUGUUGAGAAGCCUAAGCCAAAGGAGAGACCAGCUGAGCCGAAACCUCUGAAGAAAGAGGGAGGAGCAGGUGAUGCUAAAAAGACCAAGAAGGGCAAGACUGUUGUAGAGCUUGAGAAGCCUGCUGACUUUGAUGAUGGCGGCUGGCAAGAGGUUCCAAAGAAGAGUGACAAGAAAAAGGAAAAGAAACCGGUAGAGGAAAAGGAAAAGAAGAAGGAAAGCCCUGCUAAGAAGAGUAAGAAAGUGAAGGAUGCUGAUGUGGAAGCUGCUCGCCCCAUAGAGGAGCCUGUGGAGGAGUCCAUCAAGGUAGUCAGUGCUGUGGGCCCCCAAGUCGAUGAAGAUGCAGCCCGUGCUUUACAAGCUCAGAUUGAAGAAGUUCAGAGAGUACUCAAGGAGGCAGAACGUCGUGAGCAAGUUGCCCUUGGCAGCAUUGAGGAUGAAGAAUCCGCUGAUGUUGAGGAGCUGACUGAUGUGAAGGAUCUCAGAAGCAACAAGAAAAAGGAAAAUAAGGAAAAACAGAUUAAGAAGAAAGCUGAGCCUGCUGCGGCUAAGAGUGUGAAGCCAGAACCAGUGGAGAAGGACAACUCUGACUCUGAGAAGCAGGACCAAAACACACCAGUCUUUGAUGAACUUGGUGAUACUUGGACCGACGCUAAGGUGUCGAAAAAGAGCAAAAAGAAGGCUCGCAAAGACCAGUGAGGGAUGAACCAUAGAGACAGGGUCCAGCUGGGCGAUCUGCCCUGUUGCUAGCUCAAUGCCACUCACACCUGAUAAAAUUAUCUACCUGCUCUGCAAACAUACUCAAAGAGGAUAUGCUACUAGUGUUGCCAUUCAUAAAAACUCAGUGCAAUGUCAAAAUUUUACCACUCAGUUCAGGGUUGUAGUUUUACAGGGUGUGAAAGUUGUUUUUAAUUAAGUUUUAUUACCUUAACUUUCUUACACAUUCAGUUAACUUUCGUCCAUGUUUUUAGUUUCAUAUUUUAUUGUACAUUUAGCUCGUUGACUUGUUUUUCAUAAUAAUUUAAUUAUUGUUUUCAAUAAUAGAGCAUAAUAUUUUUUAUGAGUCAUAAUAAUUCAUUAUGUAUUUCGAGAACUUUAAUGUGAAUUUUGGGAAUCUGCAAUAUGUUUUGCGUAUUAUUUAUUUAGUCCUUACGUAAAGAACGAAACAGCGAAAACUGGACUUUUAUUCAUUUCAAAAAAUAGGUAACACAUGCGCGCGCGAUGUUGUCUUUCCGACUAAGUGUGAACCUUAGUCAAACUAUACUUAGUCUUUAUUCUUUGAAAGGUUUUUCUUUCAAGGAAUACAAUACUUAUGCUAAUAAAAAUGACAUAAAUAAGCAUAAUUUCUUUUUAUUAUUUCAAUUGUGAUUACCUUAUUUCAAUCGUGCGCGUAUUUUAUCUAGUUUCCGUAUGCACUAUACCGAUAUAGCCCUAUACUAGCUGUAGAGUUGAAUUUCCAGUAAUAAUACAUUUGAGAUCUUCUGGUGCUUGUAGUAAUAAGUCUUUUUCCUCCUUUCAUUCCAUAUUUGUGCAUUUCAUCCUUACCUAAUACUUAGAACAUUAUAAUUCAGCCGUUGAUAAUAUUCAAAUAGUUUAUUAACAUCAUACUCUUUAGUUGUUGUUAAGUUGUUCAUCAACUUAUUGUUUUGUGUCAAUAAUUGGUGUUGUGAUUUACCCAUGACAAAAUACAUGUGAUGAGACCUGAACUUGGACCAAUACGAGUAAAUAUGAAGUUUUACGUCGUAAUGUCUUAAAUAUUAACUUUAAAUAUUGAAUUGGUUUUACGUUUUGAUUGGAGUAGCGUAAUUCGUAACUUUAAAUCUAUAUUCUGUUGAUAUGCACAUCUAGAUAAACUUGUGGAUAUUUUCCGUCCGGACGCUUUGUGCUUAUUAUGAAGCUUUGCACAAACUACCUGAAUCUUAUAACCUUACAUAUAAUAAUUGAAUUGAUACUACAUAUCCAUGUUGCUAAGAUUAAAGUUAUUAUUAUAUUGUAAAAUACCUACAUGCAGCCUUCAUAAGUUACGAUUGUAACAACUACUGUUUAAUUGCAGAUUCCUAUUUUGUAAUCUUAGUUUUAAGAAUAAUUCUAGUGUAGCGCCGAUAAACAAUCAUCAACUCUAAAAUUUGGAAACGUCUCUGAAUGCAAAUUAUUUAUUAUAAUAUUAAAUAAUAGGUUAAAAUGUGAGAAUGAACAUUGAAUUUAGUUAUUGCUGAUGAUGUUGACAAAAUCUAUGUACACGUAAAUGAUAGACCUAUACAAUACUAUUGUCUGACAUCGGCUGUGAAUUAUAUUUAUUGGCUGACAGCCAAGUUCUUCCAUUGCUAAUGCCGAUGUGUAUUUGAGUGAAAGUACGUAUACCUUCUAAUCUCGCCAAAA